AACGGAAAGAGCCAAAGAUGUCGGCUCGGUCAUGGGAUCAGCUGUGUCCAAUCACAGCUGAUUGCAUGGAACAUGUACACUGAUCAUCAGGGCACUGAUGAUCAAUGUGCCCUGAUGAUCAAUGUAGCUCCUGUCAGUGUCCAUCAAUGCCAGCUGUCAGUGCUCAUCAAUGCCACCUGCCAGUGCCCAUCAGUGCCACAUCAAUGCCACAUAUCAGUGCCUACCAGUGCACAUCAAUGCCACAUAUCAGUGCCCAUCUGAGCUGCCUUUCAGUGUCACCUAUCAGUGCCAGUCAGUGUCACCUAUCAAUGCCAGUCAGUG